CAGUCGUGGCUUGCGCAUACCUAAUUGCUGGUCGACUCAGCUUUGGGCUGUUUUGUUUUUAUUUAAUUAAUCUAUAAUUUAAAAAGCUGUAAAUUGCCUGAUUCUGAUACUUCUUUUGUCCGAAUCCGCACAACUAGUGAAUUUUUUGUCAGCAGGAGCAUCUCGCAGUGGUUGCGUUUCGAGUCGUUCAUGUGCUGCGUCCUGAAGUCGUAAUUAAGAAACUAUCGAAUUCCACAGCAAAAUGUGCCUUUAGUCUGCUGCGCGACAUCUGAACCAGUGCCCACUCUAUUGAAACUAAGGACCAACUAUGCUAGCAAAAAUCGGCCUUCUGGCGGGUAUUUUUGUGCUCAACUUAGUUGGCCAGACCACGCCCCAGUUGCCCGAAAAUCUGCCGGAUCCGGAUCCGCAGUCCGGGCAGCAGCCUCAAAGCUAUCAGCCUAGCUACAACAAGGAUUACUCUCCGCGAUAUAAUCCCCUGUAUACUGGACAGCAAAGCGCUGACCCCAACCAGUUCGACAAUACGCUGCUCGACGGACAGAGCCCCAAUACCUACAACGGGUACUAUGAUGGCAGGGCAGGAGGUGGGGGCCUUGGCGGCAAUGUGGUCGGGCCUGGAAACAACCUCGGCGGACUCGGCCCACAGUACGACCCAUUUAAUCGGAACAGCAUAGGUUCAGCAGGUGUCAGCUACCGGGACGCCUAUACCGAUGAAGAUAACUUUUGCCCGGAGCACUGGGUCUCGUUCAGACAGACGUGCUAUCGCUUCAUCCGCUCGCCCAAGCGCAACUGGGCAGAGGCUAAAAAGAUCUGCAAGGCGUACAAUGCCGACCUGAUAAACGUGGAUAAUGUAGAGAAGCACUCGUUUAUACUCAAGAAUCUCAUCCUGCAGAAUCAACGACAGAACCGAUUCUUCAUCUCCGCCCGGCAAACGGGCCCGUUGAAUUGGGUCAACGAUGACAACACCCAGUUAGUCCAGAUUGAAGACUCCUUUUCCAUGGACGAGCAAGUGCCCUUGGAAAACGAAGAUCUGCACGACAAUAGAUUCCUUGUGCAAAACGACCUCAACAACCAAAAUAUCAAUAAUCCAAAUCAGUUUUACAACUCGCUUCCGGGGACUGUUAAUCAGCGCAAUCAAAAUAACCUUCGCGGCUUUAUAGGUCCCAACCAGCCGUAUGGAGACAACCGAUAUGUGCGUGAUCGCGUUGUGUACGCCUUCUCAAAGAAAAGGGAUCGGUGGAUGUUUAUGCCAGCAUAUGAAAUUGAACUAAAUCUCUUUAUAUGCGAGUCAAAAGUACUAUACAGCUCAGACAAUGUCAACAUAAAGUUAGACGACAAGCGCCCCUACCACUAUGGACUCGAUAUAAACGACAUGGAACGGAUUCCACGGGGUCCUUAUUUCGUAAAGCAGCCAAACGACACUACUUUCGAUGUGAACAAGAAUCGCCUGAUUAAUGAUGUAACUCUUAGCUGUUUGGCCAACGGGUAUCCAACCCCUUCAUACACAUGGUACCGAGAGGUAUACGUAGACGACAGACUCGAGUACCAAAAGAUUGAUCCCCUGGCGCAGGAUCGGUACACCAUAUCAGGAGGCAACCUGAUUAUCUACGAGCCAAAGCAAGCGCUGGACCAGGGCGCGUAUCAUUGUGUGGCAGAAAACAAAUUUGGGCGCAUUCGAUCCGAAAGCGCGCAUUUAAACUUCGGUUUCAUUAUGGAGUUCAAUCUAAAACGGUCUGCGGAGACAAGCGAGAUGAAUUGGGGCAAAUCCAUAUUCUGCGACCCCCCGCAGCACUAUCCCGACGUACGCUAUUACUGGGCUCGAGACUAUUUUCCCAACUUCGUGGAGGAGGAUCAACGCGUAUUCGUCUCCCGCGAUGGUGCCCUAUACUUCUCCUUCAUAGAAACUGUGGACAGAGCCAACUACUCGUGCACCGUGCAGACCCUUGUGUCGGACACCGGUCGCAACGGUCCCUUCUUUCCGUUGCGCGUUACCCCCAACAGCAACUAUCAAGCGCUGAUAUUUGCCAACACCUUCCCCAAAGUAUUUCCUGAGGCGCCAGUGGCAGGUGACGAGAUUCGACUGGAGUGCAUGGCUUUCGGUUACCCCAUUCCGUCGUACAAUUGGACCCGCCAAGGCCUACCUCUCCAACGCAACGCCUACACGAUCAACUAUGGGCGUGUCUUAAUAAUCCAAAAUGCGACAACGAACGACAACGGCGAGUACUCCUGCACGAUUACCAAUCCCCGGAAGACACUUAUGAAGAGCAUAUACAUCAAUAUUCAAAUGCGCCCACAAUUUACCAUACCUCUUAAAGACAUGAUAAAAGACUACAACAGUGACGUGACCUUCAUUUGCGAGGCAUUUGCUAUUCCGGACGCGAAUUACACGUGGUACAAAAAUGCCGAACGACUCGACCCAGCGAAUAUUAAUCGCGACCGAUACAUUAUCCAGGACAAUGUGUUAACCAUUAAAUUCCUAGAAAAGGAUAAGGACGACGCAAUGUACCAAUGUGGUGCCCAAAACCAACUGAAGACCUCCUUCUCUUCGGCGCAGCUCCGAGUGCUGUCUAUGAAGCCGUCCUUUAAAAAGCAUCCCCUCGAAUCUGAAGUCUAUGCUGUUUACAACGGCAAUACGACAAUUGUGUGCGACCCGGAAGCCGCUCCACGCCCUAAGUUUCAAUGGAAGAAGGAUGGACAAGUGAUUGGCUCGGGAGGCCACCGGCGCAUUCUGCCCAGUGGUACCCUGACAAUAGCACCCACGUCGCGGGACGAUGAGGGUAUUUACACAUGUAUUGCAUCAAACCAAGCGGGCACCGACGAAUCGCACGCGCGUGUUAUUGUAUUGCAGGAAAUUCGUUUCAUUGAAACCCCUCCACAACGAAUCGUUUCCAAGGAACACGACUUAAUCUUCUUGCAUUGCGAGGCCGCCUUUGAUGAACUGCUGGACAUUGCUUAUGUGUGGAAACACAACGGUGAAGUCUUAAAAAACAAUCAUGACGGCACCGGACGUAUCAUUGUAGACUGGAACAGAUUGACAGUGCAUAACACCAGCAUGCGCGAUGCCGGGGACUACGAAUGCGUUGUCAAGUCGGCAGUAAACGAAAUUAGCAGCAAGACCAGUGUUUCUAUUGAGGGAGCUCCUGGCGCUCCUGGUGGCGUUCAAGUCAUACAGAUAAGUAAGACGAAGGCCAUCAUUGAGUGGGUGGAUGGAUCGAACAACGGUCGUGCGAUCCGCUACUACAACAUCCUAGGCCGUACAAACUGGAAUCGCACCUGGGUUAAUGUGUCGACCCAUGUGCAGGCGCGAGAGGUAGAUCGAUACACCUCUCGCCAGCAAGCCGAGGUUGUCAAUCUGACGCCCUGGUCGGCUUACGAAUUUAGUGUUACUGCCGUAAACGAUCUGGGAAUCGGAACGCCCUCGGCCCCAUCGCCAAUUUACAGCACCUAUGAGGACAAGCCGUACAUAGCCCCGCGAAACGUGGGUGGUGGAGGUGGAAAGAUUGGCGACCUAACUAUUACCUGGGAUCCGCUGCUGCCGCAAGAGCAGCAUAGCCACGGUAUACACUAUAAGGUGUUUUGGAAGCUCAAGGGAGCCAUUGAAUGGGCAUCUGACGAAAUAAAAAAACAGGAUCACAUGGGCGUGGCUGUGGUUAAUAUUCCUCUUAAUAACUACUAUACGGAGUACGAAGUCAAGGUGCAAGCCAUUAACAACGUUGGCAAGGGACCGGAGAGUGAAAUAGCUGUCAUACACUCCGCUGAGGACAUGCCACAGGUGGCUCCUCAAAAGCCCAUUGCGCUCGCCUACAACUCCACUUGCUUUAAUGUCACUUGGCAACCUAUAGACAUGUCGCGUGAAAACAUUCGUGGCAAACUGAUUGGCCACAGGUUGAAGUACUGGAAAACGACGCACCAGGAAGAAGACUCGGUGUACUACCUGUCACGUACUACAAGGAAUUGGGCGCUUAUCGUAGGUCUACAACCAGAUACUUACUACUUUGUUAAAGUCAUGGCUUACAAUGCUGCAGGGGAAGGACCUGAAAGCGAACGCUUUGAAGAACGAACAUAUAGAAAGGCCCCGCAAAAGCCCCCAUCUUCGGUUCAUGUGUAUGGAAUAAACCCGUCUACCGUGCGGGUGGUCUGGAGAUAUGUUUCACCUUCGCAAGAUGAGGAACCAGUAGAAGGUUAUAAGGUUCGCAUUUGGGAAUCGGACCAGAACAUGAUCACGGCCAACAAUACCAUAGUGCCAAUCGGACAGAAACUGGAGUCGUACAUCAACAAUCUGACGCCAGGGAAGAGCUACAACAUGCGAGUCCUCGCAUACAGCAAUGGAGGAGACGGUCGCAUGUCCAGUCCAACUCUACACUUCCAGAUGGGCAAGACCACGCGCAACGGUGCAGAUACCCGACAUGGCCACAACAUCAAUACGGCCCUUAUCUUAAGCACAUUGCUACUCAUUAGCACCAUUCUCUACACAAGCCACUGAAUGCAGCACAAAUUAAGAUCCAUAAUUUUAGGCAGUAAGAACAUACAUAUACUGAGAAGUGACCUUAUAUUUCAGUAA